ACAUACUUUGACUCAAUAAGGAGGGAAACCAUGAAACACCCAGUAUUGACAAAGCUCUUUCUCGUCGCAGUCUAGUCGACCACAAUCAAUCAGAGUAGGAGGUUUAUCGACGUCUGGGUUUGGUUCGCUGAAAUUAGGGUUUAUAAGUUUUCCGGUGAUACUCCAAGCAUUGCCAGGUAAUUCGAACUCGUGUCUCUGAUUUGCUUGGUUUGGGUGGUCUCUCCACACCAGCAUGCUUAGAAAUUCAUGAAUUUUAGGGUUUGAUUUUAGGUUCUUUGCUGUUGCCGGUUGGGAAAUUUGCUCUCAAUUUGUUAACUUGGAGUAAUGCUCGAAGAAGAAAAAAGAGCAAUAGGGAAUAAAUAAUCUUUUGCAAACCAGCUUGUGAUUUAUGCAUUUUUUGAUCGAUUUAAUCAAUUGGGUUUGGUGGAAUUGAAAUUCUGAGGCAAUGGAGCAAAUGGGUUUCUUUCGUUAUCGUCUUAUUCCUCUUUGAUGGUUCUGUUUGUGAAAAUUGAUUGAUAGUUUGAGUAGAUUUGUUUGUGGUCGAUAAUAUGGAGAAAAGUGAGACAUUUAGGCCAGUACAGAAACUCACAACGCAAGAAAGUAAUGAGUGGGGUAACUUGUUUCAGCGUGCGGUGAGUUUUUAUGAUUGGAAGCUAUCAGAGAGCUUGAUUCUGUUAGCUGGUCCACAAGCUCUGAAUGAUGCUUUGUGCAUCACCUUGGACUCAGUAUGGUUCUUAAGCACCCAGGAAGAAAGCAAUGCAAUCAUGGGUCUGAUUGAGAAGAUCGUCGCCAAUGGUGCACAUGACUUCGGCUCAGCUGUUGUGAGGACUUCAUUUAUGGCAUCGUGUGUUCAAGCUUUUCAUGGCCGAACGACAAGUACUAUUGCAUGUGCAGUCACUGAAAUGGCUCAGAGGUUACGUGAUUUUGUCCUGGAAUGCGAUGGUCAUGUGUUAUUAGAGGGAGAACCUAUUGCUAAGGAAAUUCAUGAGUUUAUUGAAUGGAUAGGGCCAGGCUUCAAUUUUAGUGGUCAUCGGGGUAGUAAGGAUAGAGCUAAUUACAACGUACAGGUUGAUGAGAUCCAACUUCAGUUAUCGGCAUUGAAAACCUUUCUAGAUCUUGCUGGUAUCCAGCUUACAUCAAAAGACUUCUCAAUGGCCUUCUAUGCUGCUUGCCUUCCCCUAUAUUUAUCCUCUACUUCUUUCGAUCUGGGUUGCACAUCUGGGAAUUGGGAAACUACUGCAAUACCAGGUUUGUUUGGUAUGCUGGUGAAAGGGGGUGUGGAGAGUGGCAUUUUCAAUUAUUCUUUGGUUCAAGCGUCUAGUUUUGGGAAUACAGAGAUUGUGCGCAUCAUAUUGAAGGCUGCCCGAAUUAACAACCUGAACGUCGAUGCUGACUGGGCAUUUAAUUUUGCUUGCCUGUACUCUAGGUUUGGUACUAUGGAAUGUCUUGUGGAAGAGGGUAAUAACGUGGAUUUCAGGACCCCUCUGUUGGGAGCUGCUAAGAGCGGCUGUAAGCCAGUGGUUGAGUGGUUUGUAAAAAUGGGUUGCCGGGACACAGAACUGUGCAUUGCUCUGGUAGCUGCAACUUCUAGCAACCAAGCUGAUGUUGCAGCCUAUCUCCUUCAUCAACUUCCUGAUGAUCUUCUUGCACAACGAAGCUUUAAUAUUCUCAAGGCUGUUGGUAGAGUAGGCGGUGUUAAUUCUCUUAAAGGUGUUGCAUUUCUUCUUGGUUCUGAUUUCUUAGGUGACCCUGCAACUACUUAUACUGUUGCAGACACAUUUGCUGGGUCUGGCGAUGAUGAUGAUGCCAAUCCUGAGCUAAGGGCGUUUCUUCAGGAGCAUUGGUCAGAAAGAGCUUUCUCAGACGGAAUACGGCAAGGACAAGAACAUUACAUGAACAUUGUGAGGGUUUUAAAGUGGGGUGAAUCUCCCAUCUGCUUGGCUGUUCUACCUCCCGAGUUGAGGGUAGCCAUUGCUUACCUGCCACUAUAUAGGGAGUGUGUCAAUGCAGCAGGCAGCCGUUUGGUGUCGCAAAGGUUGAGAGGGCAGCUUGUUGAAGCUGUGACAAGGCUUGGUGGUGGAGUGUUAGAUGGGGUGAACCAGUGCAGGGAGCUCUUAGCUGUUUUGGAGAGGCGUCUUCCUCAAUUCACUUCUUAAUUAGCAAGAUCUGUACUUUUUUCGGAUUCUCGUUUCAUCGCCAACGGAAGUAUGUGGUGGGUAGUAUCUAACAACAAAUUUAGCUAGGGUCAGGGUACAAAGCUAGGAGGUUCCAAAUGUUCUUUGCAACAUAUAAGAUUGCCUUAUAUUCAAGUAUAUCUUCACGUUUCAUUCUCCCUAUUAGAGUUUCACUCUUUCUCGUGGCAAUUUAAAUUUCAAUGCAUGUUUCGAAUGCUUUACAACCCAGUGCAACACAUGAAUUAUUAUUAAUUUUUUGUUUCACACA